AUGCGUUCUAUCGUCCUUAUCAGCUUAUCCGUUCUCUUCAGCCGAGCGUCGACAGCACAGACGUUUUCGGACCUGGCCAUCCAGAAGGUGCUCCGAGAUGCCGCACCUAUCUUUGGCGAAUAUCAUAACUCGAAUUCACUCAAGGCAACGUGGAUGAAGGACUACGAUGAUGAUACACCCAUCACGGCCAUGAACCUUCCAGGGACCCACGAUACAUCAACCUGGAAUUACACCCGCGAAACUAAACAUGCGCUUGAAGGACUGAACAGAAUUAAUGAUGCUGGUAUUAUGGCCCCUUAUUUAUUCUACCGUUGCCAAUCCUCUCCAUUGAUCGACAUGCUUAAUGGCGGGAUCCGCGUGUUUGAUCUACGCUUUGCAUUCGACGUUACAAACCUUACGCUUGUGUUCUACCACGGCAACGCGCUCCAGUCGGAGACCGCGACGGUUGAGGACGUUCUUUUCGGAUUCUAUCAGUGGCUAGAUGACCAUCCGACAGAGGCUCUCUUUCUGUCGUUCAAGGACGAAGGAGGUACGGCGAAGUAUGUGCCUGAUAGCGCUGCCACCCAACAAGCUAUUCACAACGUUCUUACCUCCAACCACGCGCGUCGGUACUUUGUCCAAGCCAAGAACGAACUGGGAACUCUGGGCGACACUCGGGGGAAAAUCACCCUAUUCCGACGCUUUAGCUUGGAUAAGAUCAAGGGCGCAGACCUUCCCGGGAUCUAUUUCCCCGGGAGCCAGUGGAAAGAUAACUCUAAUAACAUUACGCUGGUCUAUAACUCGGAUAAGAACUUAAAGGCGUAUAUCGAGGAUCAUUACAACGUUGGAGGUUUCGAUUGGCCAAAAAUCAUUCAGAGGAAGUAUAAUGCAACAACGGUGCAUCUUCUCGAGGCCUUGAAGAACGAACACUCGGAUGACCUCUUCUGGACAUUUGCAUCUGGAGGUGCGGAUAUCGUAGGGUUGUACCCCGAAGCAAUGGGUCUGGGAAGUAUUGUUGCAGAAACAGGGGUCAAUAAGCAGUUGUUGUCGUUUUUGAAGCAGCACAAGGGUAAGCACCUGGGCAUUGUUAUGUAUGACUUUUUCAAAGAGGAUGACGGUAUAGUGGACGCAUUGCUGAACCUCGGGAGCACUUCGGGAAUACAUUAUGACUUAAAAUAA